AUGACCUGUCUAUCAUUCUUAUGUGGACGAAAUUCAGCAACAGGCGAUCCGGAGCUUGGGGAUGAGCUCUCAGGACUGCAAAAUGUUAUUCUAUACUCAUACAAGGAGCUGGCAAUUGCAACCAAUGAUUUUAGUCCAGCGAAUAAAAUUGGGGAGGGAGGAUUUGGUUCCGUCUAUAAGGGAAAACUUAAGAAUGGGCAGAUGGCUGCAAUUAAGGUUCUCUCUGCUGAAUCGAGACAAGGAGUGAGAGAGUUCUUGACGGAGAUUCAAGUGAUUUCAGAUAUAGAGCAUGAAAAUCUAGUCAAGCUUUAUGGUUGUUGUGUGGAACGGAAUCAAAGAAUUCUGGUUUACAACUACCUUGAGAAUAACAGUCUAGCAAAGACACUUCUUGGUGGAGGUUACUGCAGCAUCCAUUUUAGCUGGCGAAUGCGAGUUAAAAUUUGCACUGGAGUGGCUAGGGGGCUUGCCUAUCUUCAUGAGGAAGUUAGACCACAUAUAGUCCAUCGAGACAUCAAAGCAAGCAAUAUUCUUCUAGACAAAGAUCUGACCCCAAAAAUUUCAGAUUUUGGUCUUGCCAAGCUCAUCCCAGCAAACAUGACUCAUGUUAGUACACGUGUUGCAGGAACCAUAGGUUAUUUGGCACCAGAAUACGCGAUAAGAGGUCAGUUGACACGGCGUGCAGAUAUUUACAGUUUUGGGGUUCUUCUUAUUGAGAUAGUCAGCGGGAGAUGCAAUACAAAUACACGAUUACCCAUAGAAGAACAGUAUAUUCUUGAAAGGACAUGGCAACUUUAUGAGAGAAAAGAGCUUGUGUUACUGGUAGACACAGCGCUCAAUGGAGAUUUUGAUGCGGAACAGGCUUGCAAGUUCUUGAAGAUCGGUCUGCUGUGCACGCAGGACUCUCCAAAGCUUCGACCCUCCAUGUCAACUGUUGUUCGAAUGCUUACUGGAGAGAAAGAUUUCGAUGAAGAUGAGGCAAUCACGAAACCGGGGUUGAUCUCUGAUUUCAUGGACUUGAAGAUCAAAAGCGAUCCCAAGCCAAAGCCCGACGAUGCUCACCACACAUCAUCAAAUUUCAACUCGGAUACCAUGGGGAACUCAACAUGGACUUCUGCACCUUCUUCUCACGCUACCUUCUCUUUUACUGCCGUUUAUGAUCGCAGCUCGUGAUUAUUUCAAGACAAAUCCGCUCAUUUGAGGGAUUAUUUUUUUAUUUGUUAGAAAGUUUGUUAUAGUUUUCUUGUAGAAUUUGUGGCUCGCUUGGCUUGCUUAGAUCCCCCAACCCCCUCCUUUUCUGCUGGUUUUUGUUUGAAGGUUGUGCUUCUCAUGAGACGAGAUAGCUGUGUAAAUGAUGUUAUCUAUGUAAAAUUGAUUCUAUAAAUCUGGAACUCCUGUAUAGUUUCUCUUUCUUCGACAA